GAGCAUCUGGCCGGUGGUACUUCUUCCCGGCCCCCUCCCCAUUUCUUGUCAACACAAGGUGAUAUGGAUUGUCUGUACACAAAUGUAAUAAUGAACUUCUGUGUUAACAUUUCUAUGUUGCUGAACGGAUGGAAAACGUGACUAGAAAAUUGUGUGUUGCUUUGUUUGGCGAUCUGAUGCUUAUUCUUAACGUUUAGUGAUGGAAAACAUUCAAAGUAUUUCUUUUGAUUUCAACCAGAUUUGUCGAUUUUGUCUUUCUCAAGGCGGUGUUAUGUCCGCAAUUUUUGACGACGACGGUGGAGAAAGUAAUGGGAUUCCUCUGGCCUCCCGAAUAAUGUCGUGUGCUUCAGUCCAGUUGGACCAAGAUGACGGUCUGCCUGCACUCAUCUGCCAUAGCUGCCUCCAGCAGGCGGAAUUGGCAUUCCAGUUUCGACGCCAGUGUGAGCAAGCGGACGUUGCUUUGCGCCAGUUUUUGGGCAUCGGCUCGAACUUCAACUACAAAGAGAGGGGAACAAACGGAUACGCAACAGCAGAUGGCACUUCUAGCAAGAGUGGAAGCAGUGAUUGGAGCCAAAGCUGCAACGCGGAAGACGGAGACACGAGCCGGUUGCGACUGAAACUGAACGGAGAAGAGAUCUUGGUGGAGGAGCGAGACAUAGCAUCGGUGCUGGUGGUGGUAGACCCCCGAGUGCCGGACUAUGAUGCGAACGAGAAGCUGAGUGAGAAGAGGAGAGUGAGUGUGGCACGGCACGGCCGGCAGUUCCAGUGUGGCACGUGCAGCAAGAGAUUCUCGCAGAAGGCACACCUGACGCGCCACGAGCUGGUGCACUCGGGCAAGAAGCCGUUCCCUUGCACGGCGUGCAGCAAGUCCUUCGCAGAUGCUUCCACGCUUACAACACACUACCGCACGCACUCGGGGGAACGACCCUAUGCCUGUGACUCCUGCCCGAAGGCCUUCGUGAGCCGGUCGGACCUGCGCAAGCACUCGCUCGUGCACUCGGGCCUGAGGCCCUUCGCGUGUGGCGUGUGCUCCAAGACCUUCACGCGUGCCACCAACCUGCGCAAGCACGCGCGAGUGCACAGUGGGCAGCGGCCCUACUCGUGCGAGCAGUGCGCACGGACCUUCUCGUCCAAGGGGGACCUGGCCCGUCACGUACUGAUCCACUCGGGCCACCGGCCGCACGUGUGUUUGGUGUGUUGUGUGUCGUUCUCGCGCAGGGACAAGCUGGUGAGGCACAUGCGCAGGCACCAGCCGAGUGAGGCUCUGUUGGGCCAGCACCUGGGCGAGUUCGCACGCCUGGCCAACAGCCUGGAGGUGAAACAGGCGAAGGAGCCGACACGUCCGGAGCACCGCUGCGCGACCUGUGGCAAGGUGUUCCAGCAGCUGCGCGAGUUGGCACGUCACGUGAAGGUGCACACUGGAGACAAGCCCUUUGCGUGUGAGCUGUGCCCCAUGCGCUUCUCCCGCCGUGACAAGCUGGCCAGGCACAGCAAGGUGCACGGCGUGCGCGGGCCCGAGGCCCGCCUGCUGCGCUGCGAGCACUGCACGGCGUCCUACUACCGCAGAGACAAGCUGCUGAGGCACCAGCGCACGCACGUCCCCACCGACCGGCCUGCCGCGCCGUGCCGUGCCUGAGCCUCGUGUGUGAUUCUUGUUGCAUGGGAAUGUCAUCUCGUUUGUUUUGAGAUGCUCGUCUUCGUCUGUUUUCGACAUAUUUAUAUGUUUAUAUUUAUGUGUUUGUAAUUAUUUUUAUUUCGGUAAGUUCUCCUUUGUUUCAUAAUAAGAAACCUUUGCUAAAUUUAUGCAGUUCAUCAACAACAAAAUGUUUUAAAUCCUUUUGUGUUUAGUAGCACACCAGUGUAUCCAGUUUGCCAAGUAUGUAACAUAGCUUCCAAGUGGUUCUGUCUUAUCUGACCUGAUCUUGAACCUACUACCAACACAGCAUUAAGUAUGUAUCAGUAUUUUGCAUUCAGCAUUGAAAAAAAUUGAUAUAAAUAAGCAAGUUUUGAAUAAUGUAAGUACUAUGAAAGUUAAAGCUGUGUUAAAGCAUUAUAGAAAUAUAACUAUAUAAGUCUAUUUAAUUUGAAAUUAAUAAUGCAAAAAAAAAAAAUUUGUAUCAAUAGUUACCAGUAUUUUGAAGUUAAUGACAUUUUUCUAAGUUAGUAAAACAUCUUUUUUUGUGUUAGCAUACACUUUUAGUUCAUGACUGCUGUUAUAAAUGGUCUUGUAUUACAAAUCUGUUGUAUGUCUAUGUUACAGUUUAGCAGUAUUGCCAAACAAUUAAUAAAUAAUUUUUUUUAUAAAACAAA